AUGUCUGAUAUUGAACAAGAACAAAUCGUUGAAGAAGUUGCUGUUGAACAAACUGAAACUGGAUCCAUCUCUGUUGAAGAUGCUUUAAAAGUUGUUUUAAGAAUCUCUUUAGUCCAUGAUGGUUUAGCUAGAGGUUUAAGAGAAGCUUCUAAAGCUUUAUCCAAAGGUGAAGCUCAAUUAUGUGUCCUUUGUGAUUCCGUCACUGAAGAAUCAAUCAUUAAAUUGGUUGAAGCUUUAACUAAUGAAUCUAAAAUCCCAUUAAUCAAAGUCUCUGAUGCUAAAUUAUUAGGUGAAUGGGCUGGUUUAUGUCAAUUAGAUAGAGAAGGUAACGCUAGAAAAGUUGUUGGUGCUUCUUGUGUUGUUGUCAAGAACUGGGGUGCUGAUUCUGAUGAAAGAAAUAUCUUAUUAGAACAUUUCUCUCAACAAUAA